AUGGUCAUAAUCGUUGCAAUUCGUCAUCUUCAUGAUGAAGGUGUAAUUCAUAGAGAUUUGCAUUCAGGAAAUAUAUUAUACAAAAAAUACACUAAUUCCUGGUAUAUUAGUGAUUUUGGAUUUUGUGGACCUGCUGAUAUGCCAUUACAAAGUAUAUAUGGAAAUCUCCCGUACAUUGCACCUGAAGUUAUUUCUGACAAAAGAAAUACUAGGGCAUCGGAUAUUUAUAGCAUUGGUAUGCUUAUGUGGGAAAUUUCAUCUGGACAACCACCUUUUGCCGGUAUUGAUCAUGACUUUAAUCUUGCAAUGAAGAUAAUAAAUGGAAUAAGACCAAAAAUUGUGUCUAGAACUCCAUUAGGAAUUAAAGAAUUAAUUGAACAAUGUUGGGAUGCUGAUCCAUCUAAAAGGCCUAAUAUAGGUAUAAAUUCUGAAUUACAAAGCAACCUUAAAGAAAUUCGAUCAUACAGUAUUGAAGCAAAUGAUUCAAGUAUUAAAAACGAAAAAACAAAUCCUGAUAAUAAAGAAACUCUUAUAAAAUAUAAUAGUAAUAAAGCAUUUCAAUAUACAACACUAUCGAAUUAUUUUGAAAACG